AUGCCCUCCAACACCAAAAAUCUUGCUCUAGUCUUCAACAAAGUCCCCGACCGUCUCCCGGUUCCUGGUGAACACAUUGCGGUUAAAGAUGUCGGCCCUUUUGACUUGGACCAGAAGCUGCCUCCAAAUGCGCUCGUUCUGGAGACGCUCUAUGUGAGCUUCGACCCGUACCUGCGCGGCUUAUUGCGUGAUCCCUCGGUUAAAUCAUACCUGCCCGCCAUUCCCUUUGGUACGGCCAUAACCGCGGGAAAUUUGUCACGGGUUCUUCGCUCCAGUCUCGAGGGCUUUGCCGAGGGAGACGUGGUGAGGUUGUUGCUCCCAAUCCAGCAAUACAAUCUGUAUGUGGUCGGGCCGCAAUCCGAACAACCGUUCAAGGUGCCCAAUCCGGGCGAUCCCGGUCUCGACCUCAGGCAUUAUCUGGGGGCUCUGGGCAUGCCGGGGCUCACGGCCUAUGCAUCUCUGUACGAAAUUGGUAAGCCCAAACCUGGAGAGAUCAUUGUGGUAUCCUCUGCCGCUGGAGCCGUGGGUCAAUUGGUCGGUCAGCUGGCCAAGCACGAUGGUUUGACUGUCUUUGGAUCUGUGGGCAGCGACGACAAGUUAGACUUCAUCAUCAACGAGCUCGGAUUUGAUGGGGGUUGGAACUACAAGAAAGAGCCCAGCACCAAGGACGUGAUCCAGCGCUUGGUCCGGGAACAUAAGGCGAAGAAGGGGGAGAAGCUGCCAGAAUUCCCGGACAAUGGAGAAGGUGGCAUCGAUAUCUUCUAUGACAAUGUCGGCGGCGAGCAGUUGUCGGGAGCAAUUGACACAUUGAACCUUUUCGGCCGGUAA